AGAGUCGGAUCGUCGUGCAGUUCACGCGUGUUUCUGUCAUUUGGCUCUUUCUCAGCCUUUGACUCUAUUUUUGUGGUGUUUAACGGUAGAUGGAUUUUUGCCUUUCGGCCCCCAAAACAGUGUGGUUUCACAGAGAGGAUUUAGCAGAAAACCCCCAAAAAAAUAAAAGAAAAACUGUUGAAUAUCAACGUUCAGGACACAUCAAUUGAUUGGAGAAGCAAAGUGUGUUGUGUGAAGAUUGCGCGCAAGUCUCUUCAGGACUCUCUUGGGAUACACAACAUCUUGGACAUGUUACAAUCGGACAUGUUAAAACUCAAACAUCGACUGUGCCGGUUGGCAAAGUGAUCAGUGUGAGAGAGAGAGACUAUAUCAAUCGUGCAGAUAUUAAGACAAGAGUGUAGCAAUUGCUCAAGAUGCCGAAAAUAUUCUUGAUCAAGAACCGCCUGCAUCAGCAGCAGCUGCGACUGCUGGAGGCGCAGAACCUCCUCGCCGCCAAAGAUGAGGAUCGUCUUGGAGGCCUGGCCAGCGCCCACGGAUCGGACUCCAGCGGCGGAGGCUGCGAUGAGCCACUCUCGCUGGUGGCCAAGAAAAAGGAUAACACAAAUUCCGCCGAAGUGGCUGCGUGUCGGAUUGGAAUGCAUCCCUCAUCGACACGUCCACAUUCGCAAUCACGAGAUUUCUGCGAAUUACAGAUUCGUCAUGUUGAAGAUCAGACAGCAAUUUGCCUGCGCCUGCCAGUAGUGUCAUCAAUUCACUCCAUCCGGGAAGAGCCUUCUCCUUCAACAACGCCACUAUCACUCGAGUCACCGCUGAGAGAGCGGAGAUCUCGAUCUAUCUCUCGGUCGAUAUCUGGGCUGCUCACUGCUACUCUCACGGCUGCUGUCACGGCUGCUGACGCUGGAUCGGCGGCUGCUGUCCGGACUGCUGCGAUGCCUGCUCCUCUCCCGGCGGCCUGGCGAGCGGCUUCUCCCUGCAGUUCAAAGGAAUUUCUAGAAAAGAGUGACAGGAAAAAUUUCCCGGACAAAAAUAUCAUUAAUUCCACACUCUUUGCGCAGACUUCUCUUGUGUUUGCAGUGCGCGACAUAUUUGCCGAGGAGAAUCGCCUCUCGCCAAGUCCACCUGCUCCCGAGACAGCGGCACAGCGUGGCCCAGGGCAGAGCAGUGAAAAGGCGCCGGAUCGACCUGUUCCACCCGUGAGGCGCUUCAUAUCGUCCAUCCUGGGCGGCGACAUUCCAUACGGCAGCCGGAGUCACGUGCUCACGCACGCCGAGCGCAAGGAGUACCCGAAACCGGGCCUUCCGCCGCGCAAGGACACGAAGAAGGAAGCCAAAUCGUUGGUGGUGGAGGAGAAGCCGCUCGUUCCCGAGGAGAAGCUCAUCAAUCUCUCCACCACGGCCAGCAAGGUGAGCGCGUCCAGUGAUAGCAAACCCAGUCCAGCGCCCCCGGAGGCGGCGGUGCGAUGUUCUGUGAUACAGCGCACACCAUCCACUAAGCCACAGUCCAGCCUGGUGCGGCCCAGUGGCAAGUGUCCGGCGGAGCGCAAGGAGGACGAUCCCACGGACGUGAAGGUGCCCCUGUCCAUGCUCGGCGCUCACUUGGAGCCAGAGCAGGAGCACCCCAUCGACUACCACAUCCCCAAACAGCGCUCGGACGAGUUCGACGAGCGCGAGGCGGAAAUGAAGUCGCGCGAGGCCAGGCGCAGCAGCGGAAUCGUGGUGCGACCCUUCCUCUCGAUGCGCGUCUUCCAUCGCGUCGGCGGCCUGGGCAAGAUCAAUGGCAUCAUGUCUGCGGCCGCGGGUCACGGCAGGUCAGUGAAUAGCGGCAACGGAAGCCAGAGCGGACAGAGUUCUGGCGGCGGCGGAGGCUCCAUCAACUUUGGCGGCUCCUCCGGAGGCAGUGGCGGCGCCAGCGGCGGAGGGAAUGGCGUGAGCGGCGGCGGAGGAGUGAGCGGAGGCGGCGGAGGCGCAGGAGGAGGAAUGGGCGGCGGCAGAGAUGGACGGUCAAAUUACGGCCCCAACAGCCCGCCGACGGGCUCUCUGCCGCCGUUCUACGAGAGCCUCAAGGGCGGCCAGAGCGGCCUGAACGCAUACAAUGCGGCCAACGGCGGCUUCAUCGGGCCCAACGGCUACCUCAUGAGCAACAACAUGGGCAUGGAGUGCGACGGGAGCGCCGAGCUGACAAACCUGGGCGGCUACUCGGACACAACGACGCACGGCGGGAAGCAGUACUCGAUGCUGCAGAACGCCGCGUACGGAAUUCACCUGAAGGACGAACAGGAUUUGGACUACGACACGAAGAUGGAUCAAUUGUCGCUGAACGGCAAUCUGAUGCCAAACUCCUAUUCCGGCUACGACGUCAACGACUCGAUGAUGGUGGAUUUGUCCGGGAAUGUGGUGGAUCCGCUUCAGUUCACUGCCACGCUGACGUUCUCGUCGCCGGCUGAGCACGCCCUCCUGGACAGCCUCACAGACGCCGUGGACUUGUCCUCGUUUCUGCAGCGCCUGCCCAGUGACGACCAGCCCAGCCCGGGCAAUGAACUGGAGCUCUCCUCCACGCCCUCCCUCACGCCCGACUCCGUCUCCAUCACGCCCGUGGACUCGUGCCUUGAGCCGUUCCCCGAGAACUUCAUCAUGGGCCGCGGUGGCGGCGGCGGCGGCAUGUACGACCGCAACUUCGGCGUGAUGUCCAACGGCAAGGGCGUGUACCACCAGCAGCCCGAGAGCAACCCACCGCCAGGCUACCAGCAGCAGUCGCAGCGCGACGUGCACCAGAUGCUGCCGCACGCCGACCACCAGUCACACCCAGUGCAAUUGAACUUCCCGUCGCAGCCCAGCCUGGACCUGGACUCGCAGAGCAAUCUGUCGCUGCCGUCGCCGGCCAGCGGCGUGACCUCACUGGACGGCGCCACGAGCUCGCCGCCGGACACGAAGCCCAUCAUCCAGUCCCUGGGACUGCCGGCGGAGGUGCAAUUGGAGUUUGUGAAUGGCGGCCACGGGAUCAAGAAUCCGCUGGCCAUUGAGAAUACUCACGGCCAUCGGCUGCGCGACGAGGAGAAGACCAAGCACAGCAGCCCGACGGCGUGCGCCGUGUCGGAGGAUGAUCCCAACAAGUUCGUGUGUCGCAUCUGCUCGAAGACGUUCACGCUGCAGAGGCUCCUCAAUCGCCACAUGAAGUGCCACUCGGACAUCAAGAGGUACCUGUGCACGUUCUGCGGCAAGGGCUUCAACGACACCUUCGACCUGAAGCGCCACACGCGCACGCACACCGGCGUGCGACCCUACAAGUGCAAUCUCUGCGAGAAGUCCUUCACGCAGCGCUGCUCCCUCGAGUCGCACUGUCUCAAGGUGCACGGCGUGCAGCACCAGUAUGCGUACAAGGAGAGGCGCACAAAGAUGUACGUGUGCGAGGAAUGUGGUCAUACAACCAGUGAACCCGAAGUUCAUUAUCUCCACCUGAAGGAUAAUCACCCAUACUCACCGGCGCUCCUCAAGUUCUACGACAAGCGCCACUUCAAGUUCACGAAUUCGCAGUUCGCCAACAAUCUGCUGGGACAACUCCCGAUGCCAGUGCACAACUGAAGAGUGGGCAGAAGCUCCUCGCCAGCGAAAUUGAAUUUCCCACCCCCCGGAUUUCCCACUUCUCAUCGGCGGCUUUCCAAUUUUUUUUUGAUUUUGAUUUGAAGUUUCCUCGACGCAUUGAAGUACUUUUUUCCUCCUCAUCCUGUGAAAUAUUGAAUUUCUCAUUUUCCCCCCCAUUUUUUUUUUCAUUUCUCUUACACUAUUUUUUAAAACAGUGUAAAAAAUCACAAACACAUAUUUGUUACAACUGCUCAAGUCUGAUUUACUUUAUAGUUGUAUUUUUUUUCUCUCAAAAUGAAUUAAAAAAAAAAGAAGAUUAAUCUCAGUAAGGAAUCUGUUUAUAAGUGAAUUCAUUCCCUUAAAGUCUCUCAGACAGAAGAAAACAAGGAAAAGUUUAGAGCAAAAGCGGAUAAAAGAUGAAUAAUAGACUGUCGAAGCUGUUGCCAAUGAAAGAUUCUCGCGGUUAAAAUGAUCUUAUGACCUGUAGAGAAAGUGUUCUUCUGCAGACGCAUUAAGACCAUUUUGACAAUCAUUGCACGGCUAAUGCAAUAUUUUUUUUUAAUAUUUACUCUCUAGAUUGUAAUUGUGACUAAAAGGAAUUUUCUUUUCUCAACUCUCUUUGUCUCUUAAACUCUGAAAAUCUCUGCAGCUUUAUUGCGGAACGCGCGCGCGCGCCUUUCUUUCCUGUCGUUUGUCAUGUUUUUCUUUUUUUCUUCAAAAGACUUUAACAAUUCUCAAAAAUGUAGUUGUCGAAAUUUGUGAAGAAAAACAGCUGCAAAGGAAGGAUAAAUAAUAUUAGAUAAAAGAAAAGCACCAUUCAAUUUUCUCAAAUGAUUUUUUUUUUUACUUUUCUCAAAUGACUGCAAAAGUUGAUGGUUGAAUUGAUGAAUGGAAAAGAGUUGUUGGAUUGAAAAACAGGAAGAAGAAAAACUCUGAAAAGCCUUUUUUUCACACACACAAUUCGCCAUCAGCUGUGAAACUAAAAACAAAGUAUCGGGUUUUUUGUGCAAUUUUGGUGAUGGAAACUGGGUUUAAAUAUUAAUUUUAUUACUUGAUAUUUUAUCAAUAUGAUUAAAGAAGAAAUAAAGAAAAGAGAUGAGAAAACUUUAAAGUGUAGGAAUUUAGAUUUAAUAAGAGUAAAAACGAAAAAUCAAGCAUUAUAAUGAUUUAUUAUAACUGAAGAACAGCAUUUUCUCUAUUUUAUUUUUUUUUUUUUGUAAAUCUAAAAAUACAUGAAAAUUAAUAUGAUCGAAUUCCUCGAAAUCGAAAACACCUUUUUGGAGUGAAAGAAAAAAAAAAAGAUAUAUUUUUUUUAUUGAAAAUUAAGCGGGAAGAGAAAAAACGUUGAAAUAGGGAAGAAAAAACUCAAAGUGAAUAUGAAAAAUCAUGCUUUUAUGUACCUUUAUCUAGCUUUUAAUGAAGAAAAAUAUUGUUGUAAUAUGUAAUAAAUAAAACUUAAAAGAGUAAACGAUUCUUUCUCUCAAUAAACACAAAAAAAAUAUCGUAGCUAAUAUUUAAUGAAAAUAACAUAGAAAGAGAAAAACGAUGGAUAUUUAAAAAGAGAACAAAAAGUGUAUGAAAAAUUAAGGAAUCAUCAAAAUACUUUUAGUGACAUUCUUCAUCAUGAAAGUCCAUUGAAAAA